AUGAUACCUCUACGGACGUUUCGCGCAACCUUCUCAAGGAAAUGUGUCAUCCAGUCAAUUAAGACCCGCACCUAUGCCAGCCAAACGCCCGGCAACCCAAUGCUGGAGGUUUUCAACCGCAAGGUCAAACACCUGCAGAAAGACCGGGCAGCGCGGAAUGUCGAAGAAAGCCGCAAAGUCGAUUACUUGAAAGAUGAAGUCGCCACACGACUAUGUGAGCGAUUACUGGACAUCAAACGAAACUUCCCCCACGUCCUCGAUCUCGGCGCAAACAGCUGCAAUAUCGCCAAAGCUAUCACAAACCCAGAGCUCGACGUGGUCGGGCCCGAGGGAAAUGUUCUACGACCACUAUCGGACAAGAUCUCGAAGCUGACUUGUGUGGAGACAUCGCGCGCCUUACUUCACCGCGACGAGGACUUCCCAUUUAACAAGAAUAUCGAAAUUCAACGGGAUGUCAUCCCAGACCUGGAGACGCUGCCGUACGCACCGAACAGUUUCGAUGCUGUGCUGUCAUCGCUUUCAAUCCACUGGGUCAACGACCUGCCUGCCCUCCUAGAGCAAGUGAACACAAUUCUCAAGCCCGACGCUCCAUUCAUUGCUGCUAUGUUUGGCGGUGACACGCUGUACGAGCUGCGCGGGUCGCUGCAACUGGCUGAUAUGGAGCGGCGAGGAGGUGUGAGUCCGCAUGUGUCGCCUUUGGCGGAUGUCAAGGAUGUGGGGAGCUUGCUGAACCGGGCUGGCUUCAAGAUGCUUACUGUUGACGUGGAAGACAUUGUGGUUGAAUUCCCGGAUACAUUUGCACUCAUGCAGGACCUGCAAGCCAUGGGCGAGAACAAUGCUAUCAUGAACAGGGACUCGGCGCCGCUUUCGCGAGAUGUCUUGCUUGCUAAUGAAGCCAUCUAUCGUACGCUGCAUAUGCAGGAUGAUGCCCCUGGUAUUCCCGCGACCUUCCGACUGAUUUAUAUGAUCGGCUGGAAGGAAGGUGCAAAUCAGGCGCAGCCAUUGAAGCGCGGCAGCGGCGAUGUGAAUCUGAAGGAUAUUCUAGGAGGAGGAGAGUUUGAGAGGCCAUGA